AUGAAGGUGAAGGUGAUUUCUGUCCUGGAGGACAACUACAUGUACCUGGUCAUCGAGGAGAGCACCCGGGACGCCGUCGCGGUGGACGCAGCCGUCCCCAAAAGGUUGCUGGAAAUCAUCAGGAAGGAAGAUGUGGUGCUCAGAGCGAUCCUCACCACCCACCACCACUGGGACCACGCGAGGGGCAACGAGGAGCUGGCGAGGCUCUGCCCUGGCCUGCGGGUGUACGGCGCUGAUGAGCGGAUCGGGGCCCUGACGCACAAGGUGACCCACAACCAGGAGCUGACGUUUGGGGCCAUCCGGGUGAGGUGCCUCUUCACCCCCUGCCACACCUCGGGCCACAUGUGCUACUUCAUGUGGGAGGACGGCUCCCCGGAUGCUCCGGCUCUGUUCUCAGGUGACACCCUGUUUGUGGGAGGCUGCGGGAAGUUCUUUGAGGGGACGGCGGAACAGAUGUACACCAACCUCACCCAGAUCCUGGGGGCUUUGCCGAAGGAGACGAAGGUGUUCUGUGGCCACGAAUGCACCGUCCGAAACCUCAAGUUUGCCUUGAAAGUGGAACCGGAGAAUGAAAUAGUGAAGAAGAAACUCGCGUGGGCCAAACAGCGGGAUGACGAGGACUUGCCCACGGUGCCCUCCACGCUGCAGGAGGAGUUCCUCUACAACCCCUUCCUGCGGGUCACGGAGGAGCCCUUGCAGAAGUUCACGGGCAAGACGGACCCAGUGGAGGUGCUGAGGACCCUCCGCACCGAGAAGGAUAACUUCAAGAAGCCCAAGGAGCGGCCCAAUCCCCAGGCCAUGCUCGCGUUUGAUUGGGGACUUUUCAGCCCCUUCCUCGAGAAGAAGUGA